GUACAGUACUAAUAAUUGUUGUGUGCCACUUUGUCAACUGUCAAAACAAAAAAAGCUAUAUAAAUGAGUAUACCUGUCAGUGGUAUUACAUACGUCAUCACUUUCUUAAAUUAGCUAAAGAACUUCAGCGAACACGUUGUAUAUUACCGUUUUGGAUGUGUUUAAUGUGUUGUAAACAUAAAAAAAAUAUCAACAUUAAAGUUAUGGAAGCCCAGAACUAUCUUAAAUGAAAGUACAAUAUGUUCUUUAUUUAUCAUUCUUGCGAGUGUUAAGUCAUAAAGCGCCAUCUUAGCAAAGAACGUACUGAAUACCGUACUGUCGGAUAAAGAAUUUCGGAUUACAGCCAACUACAGUACGUCAGUGUUAGCCAGAUUAAAAAGGCUGGCAACAAAAGAAUGUCACCAUCACAAGAUGAAGAACUCAGUGAAUCACAGAAGUUGACUCCAGUAUUAGGUAGACCCAUGAAGAAGCAUGUUUGCCAAUUUUGUCAGAAGGUCUUUUGGCAUAAAGGACAAUACAAUAUACAUAUUCGGGUGCACACAAAUGAGAGGCCUUAUUCAUGUUCCAUAUGUAAUGCUACCUUCAGGAAGUCGUCCUCCUUGAAGGAACAUGCAGUUAGACACUCAUCCUCAUUUGUUUGCUCACACUGUGGAAAGGGGUUUGUAUCUUCAUACACUUUGUCUACUCAUGAAAACCUUCACCUUCACCUGUCUAACACACAGAAAGUGCAUAAAUGUCCUCACUGUGAAAAAUCAUAUACACACAGGUCACCAUUAAGACGCCAUAUCCUGAAAAUUCAUAAAGGACUGAAACUGUCGCGAAAUCUUACCUGUGAUACAUGUAACAAGACAGUGAAAGGAGAUUACAGUGACUUUAUGAGACACUACAGACUCCAUACAAGACAGGAAGCUUAUAAGUGUACCGUGUGUACUCAAACAUUUUAUAACUCACCUGGACAGCAUCACAAAUGUGUGGUGGACUAUAUGAAAUGUAAAAAUGAAGAUAAACUUCAAAUAAGAAAACCAAGUGAUAUUAUAAAGAAAAUUGAUAAAAAGAACCAUAAUAACGGCUGCUGGAAAGGACCAAGUUGUUCCUUUCGACAGAAACCCUAUACAGUAGUUAGUUCACAUCGGUCAUGUUAUGAAAUCCCCAACACUUCAAAUACUCAAACCAAACUGACAGAUUUUAAAGAAACUAAAGCAGAGAUUAAGGUUGAAGAAAAUGAUUACGGAGAAGAAGACAUGCAUUCAGAGUCGGAUAAUGAUGGGUGGGAGGAGCUUAGUGAACCAAAUCUUGCAUCACCGGACAAUGACAAUGAAGAUUUUGACUGUGAUAGCAAUGACUUCUCAAGUGAUACUAAUGAUGUGGAUACCGACAUUGAACUUGAGGCUUCGUCAUCAGAGCAAUGUGAUGUGUGAAUCUAUGUCUUGAAUUAUUAAUAUAUUUAAAACUUGUGUACAGUGUAUCCACAUUAUGUAGUGUCAUAAGUUUGUAUGUACAAUGCACAUGCUGUUUGUUUUGAUAAUCAUGAUUAAUUUGUUUGUUUACUUCUAAAUGUUAAAGCUAAAUUAGUGUGGCGACAAACCUAACACUUGACAAAGUUAUCGUGACUGUGAUAGUGAUAUUAAUGCUAUUGAUUUUGAUAUUGGACUUCUUACAAAUAUUUAAAUGCCUUGUUGGCAGAAAAAGGAUUUUUUAUACAUGUAACAGAUUAAUAUAUUUUGUAACUAAUUUUGACAAGUGAUGUAUGUCUGAUCAUAGAACAGAUUAUUUGUGACACACAAUAUCGUUUUAACAUUUUUACAACAAAGUUAAGAGCUUGCUUUUCUCAGUCUGAGUCUCAAAAUUUAGCUGUGUGAACAAAUGAGAAUGAUGACCAUAUGGCUUAAUACCACAGUUAUCUGCCCAUCGGUGGCCAAGAUUCAGAUAUUACUUCACAAAAAGUGGGCUUGUUUGGGUCCUUAUUUCUGAAUAUUUUUUAUUUAAUGAAAUGGUACCAGUCAUAUUGUCUAGUUGAGACAAAAAGAAAUUUAAACUUUUUCGUUAAAUGCGGUUAUUUAAAAAACAUUGAAUUCUGGAUGUAAACCUCCAAAUUUGAUUUAGUUUAUAGGGUUGCUUAUUGUAACCAAAGUGGAAGUCUAAAUAGAUGGUCAAAAUGUUA